CCUAAAGGGACACUCGGGCACGACUGCAGGCCGCCGCCUCGACAUCGGGACUCGUCCUAAAGCAGAAGAAACAGUUCAGCUCUGGGAUCUGGAGGAGUGUUGGAAGCGAAGCUGGGGAGCAGAAGGGAUGACUCCUGCUAAGGAAGAAGAUGUCUGCAGCCAUGUGAAAGUGGUAGUCCGUGUCCGUCCGGAGACCCAAAAGGAAAAGCACGGCGGCUUCAGCAGGGUUGUCCGUGUCAUUGACCGCCAUGUGCUGGUCUUUGAUCCCAAGGAGGAAGAAGUCAGCUUCUUUAACAGGAAGAGAGUGACCCACAGGGAUAUUAACAAAAGACAAAGGAAAGAUCUUAAAUUCAUGUUUGAUGCCAUUUUUGAUGACAGUUCAUCCCAGUUGGAAGUUUUUGAGCAUACUACCAAAAAUCUAAUUGAUGGCUUCCUAAAUGGAUAUAACUGUACAGUGCUUGCAUAUGGUGCAACAGGAGCUGGAAAGACUCAUACAAUGUUAGGUUCUCCUGAAGAUCCUGGAGUCAUGUAUUUAACUAUGAUGACACUUUACAAAUGCAUGGAUCAAAUAAAAGAAGAUAAAACAUGUGAUGUUGCCGUCUCUUAUUUAGAGGUUUACAAUGAACAGAUACGUGAUCUGCUGGUCAAGUCUGGACCUCUGGCUGUUCGUGAAGAUGGCCAGCAAGGGGUGAUAGUUCAAGGUCUGACAUUGCAUCAGCCUAAAUCAGCUGAGGAAAUCCUUCAGAUGUUGGACUAUGGAAAUAAAAAUCGAACUCAGCAUCCCACAGAUGUGAAUGCCUCCUCUUCCCGCUCCCAUGCUGUCUUUCAGAUUUACCUACGGCAGCAAGAUAAAACAGCUAGUAUUAAUCAAAAUAUUCGUAUUGCCAAAAUGUCUCUCAUUGACCUGGCAGGAUCUGAACGUGCCAAUGCAACAAGUGCCAAGGGGGCUCGUUUUGUGGAGGGAACAAAUAUUAACCGGUCCCUGCUUGCUCUUGGAAAUGUCAUUAAUGCACUGGCAGAUCCAAAGAGCAAGAGACACAUUCCUUAUCGGAACAGCAAGCUGACUCGUUUGUUGAAAGAUUCUCUUGGAGGAAAUUGCCGAACAGUGAUGAUAGCUGCUGUUAGCCCAUCUUCCUUGUUCUAUGAUGACACCUAUAACACUCUGAAGUAUGCAAACCGAGCAAAAGAUAUCAAGUCUUCUUUGAAGAGCAACGUUGUUAGUUUGGACAGUCACAUAAGCCAGUAUGCUAAAAUUUGCAGUGAACAAAAGAAAGAGAUCCUAAUGUUGAAGCAGAAACUGAGAGAAUAUGAAGAAAAACAAGCAAGCAUUCCUGAAAAUCAUAAUACUGCAGAACUUUCAAACAACCAGCAAGUGGAAAUAGAAAGAUACAAAGAAAUACUUAAAAAUGUUUUUGCAAGCCGUGAGGAAAUCCGAAAAGAAUACCUUAAGGUGGAAAGAAAACUGAAAGAAAAUACACUAAAGCAGUAUUACCAGAACCAAUGUCAUGAACAAAUUCAACUGAUAUGCUCUGAAGAAAGAGUAGAAAAGGCCACUUGCAAGAGGGAUCUAAGGCUUUCAGCACUUAAUAGCCACUAUGUACGCAUGCAGAAGAAAAAAGAGGAGCAGGCCAGUCUUUUUGAGGAAAAUAGCAAGUGGCUGCACCGUGUCGAAAAUGAAAUGCGCCUUCUGGGUCAAGAUGGGUGUAUUCCAAAAGAACUCCGUCAAGAUCUGCAGUAUUGCCAUUUAAACCUGGAAGUUCAGGCCCUUAAAGCCCAGAUUGAGCACAUGUUGUCUCUGGUGUCCCUUCAAGAUCGGUAUAAUAAGCAAACAGAAAAGUGGACUUGUCUUCUCUUGCUGUUUUACAGAGUACUAAAUACUGCACUUCCAGUUCUUCGCAAGCAAUACCUCAUCUUGAGGGAAGCUGGGUUGAUAAAUAAUUUAAGUGAGACUGAGUAUGCAGAGGUUGAGCACCUGAUUCAAAGACAAAAAUCAGUAGCUUGGGCUGACCAGACUGAGGAAAAGACUCAAAAUCAAAACCAUGAAGUAGAAAUGUCAGCUAUAUUUUCAUUCCCACAGCUUGUGAGCAGACCAAACACCCCAUGCCGCACCUCUUUUGGCACGCCAUCAAAAGAAAUGAAUAAAAAUACGCAGCAAGUAUUAGAAUAUACAGGACCACCACAGAAAAGAACCAGGAGGAAGCUAAUGGACUCUCCAGCUGUGGCUCCAAGUCCAGCUGCCUCCAAGCAAUGCAGCUUCCUGGAGGAUUCUCUUGCCAAGGAAGUCUACCCCCUAGUCUAUACACCAGACUCCUGCAGCAAGGCAGCACAAAGCUUCUGUUCUCAGACUGUGGUCAAGCCCUUACACCUUGCAGGCCUGGGGACAGUCAGUGCAUGCAGCACAGAUGUGCCAGCCAAAAAGGCCAGUCUUAUGGACACCACUUGUGAUGUAAUCCCAGACUGUGAUGAGGCUGUCAUGAACUCAACAAUAAUUCUCUAUGAAGGUACAGACGAAACAGCUGAAACGUCUGCUUACUCACCUGUGAAGGAGCCACAGGCAUGCAGCAAUAGCAUUGUGCCAAGACUUGAUCUUUCUUCCUUAAUUAACAAAAAUUCUGCUCCAGUGUUUGAGAUGCCCUCGUAUAUGGCAAUGACUUCAGCUGCUCAGAGAAAAAGAAAGGUGUUAAGCUCCACGUGCAGCAGUGUGUUGGGCAGCCUGCAGGAGGCAGCCCCUGCCAAGCGCCCCCGGGACCUGCUGCUGAGCCAGGCAGCCCUGCGAGUGCCCCGAGGGGCAGGAAUUAAAAUGAAGAGCAGGAAGCAAGAACAGAAUAUGUCAAGGAACUUUGUUAGAAGUCUUUCUCAAGGAAGUGUGCCACUGGAUGUUAAAUCAAGGACAUCAAAAAAUCUUUUACUUCGUGUUUCCAAGAAAAAGGAUUUAGUUCUGAAUUCAUCCUUAUUUCAAGCAGGAUUGAUGGAUAGCAAAUGAGAAUAGGGUGAAUUGUGAUUUCUUCUUGUAAAUAGGUUUGAGAGUUUUGUGCUGGAAGUCUUAGAAAAAUGAUUUUGACCCCCUAAAUUAUUUUCACUGGAGUAGCCUCCUUGUGUUAAAAUAAUUUUUCUUUUGGAAGCAAGUUAAACAGAUGCUAGUAUUAGAACAUGUUCAUGCUUAGCAUUUCGAUGCCUUUAGAUGUUCUGAGAUUGCUAGCAUCCCAGUGAGUUCCAAGAGAGACAGAAAAAUAUUUCCAAAUGUCUUUUUUUCAUUUUUUUGUCUUUCUGGUUUUUAGUCUGUUACUUGGUUGUAAAUGUUCCUGUUCUAUUUUUUCAAUUUAAUUCAGCUGUAAAUACCUUUUUCUUAAUUACCUCAAAUAAAUUUUAAUA